GUGCUGGUGCAGGAGCUGGAGCAGCACCAGUUGCUUCCCAAAAGGUUGGAUUGGCAAGGAAACGAGCAUUAUAGAAGUUAUGAAGAAUUGGUGCUGUCCAACAAACAUGUGGCUCCAGAUCAUUUAUUACAAAUUUGCAAACGUAUUGGCCCCAUCCUGGAUAAGGAGAUCCCACCCAGCAUUUCCAGAGUGAAUUCCUUGCUUGGGGCAGGGAGACAGUCCUUGCUAAGGACAGCAAAAGAUUGCAGGAACACAGUUUGGAAGGGCUCUGCAUUUGCUGCCCUGCAUCGAGGCAGACCCCCUGAAAUGCCUGUGAACUAUGGCACCCCCCCCAACCUUGUGGAGGUGCAUCGAGCAAAGCAGUUAACUGGAUAUGCCAAGUUCAGCACCUCUUUCCCAGGGAGUAUGUACCAGCAUGUCAAGAUGCACAGGAGGAUCCUUGGCCACCUCUCUUCUGUCUAUUGUGUUGCAUUUGACAGGACUGGACACAGAAUAUUUACUGGCUCAGAUGACUGUCUGGUGAAGAUCUGGUCCACCCACAAUGGCAGAUUAUUCGCCACCUUACGAGGACACUCAGCAGAGAUCUCUGACAUGGCUGUGAACUAUGAGAACACCAUGAUUGCAGCUGGCAGCUGUGACAAGAUGAUCAGGGUGUGGUGUCUGAGGACUUGUGCUCCAGUUGCUGUCCUCCAUGGGCACACAGGCUCCAUUACCUCCCUGCAGUUCAGCCCCAUGGUGAAAGGCUCCCUGAGGUUCAUGGUCUCCACUGGGGCAGAUGGAACUGUUUGCUUCUGGCAGUGGGAUACAGAUUCCAUGAAAUUCAACACCAAACCAGUGAAGUUCACAGAGAAGCCCAGGCCAGGGGUUCAGAUGCUUUGUUCUUCCUUCAGUGUGGGUGGGAUGUUUUUAGCAACUGGCAGCACUGACCACGUCAUCAGGAUGUAUUUUUUUGGCUCUGAAACACCUGAGAAAAUAGCAGAAUUGGAAAGUCAUGCUGACAAAGUUGACAGCAUUCAGUUUUCUAAUGGUGGGGACAGGUUCAUCAGUGGCAGCAGGGAUGGGACAGCUCGGAUCUGGCGCUUCGAGCAGGCCGAGUGGAGGAGCAUCCUGCUGGACAUGUCUGACCGCCUGCUGGGUGACACUUGUGCAGAAGAAGACAAAUUCAUGAAGCCUAAAGUGACCAUGAUUGCCUGGAACCAAAAUGACAACUAUGUGGUUACAGCUGUGAACAAUCACCUGCUGAAAGUUUGGAAUUCCAGCACAGGGCAGCUGCUCCAUGACUUGGUGGGCCAUGCAGACGAGGUGUUUGUGCUGGAGCCCCAUCCCUCUGACUGCAGGGUGAUGCUCUCUGCAGGCCACGAUGGCAACGUCUUCAUCUGGGACAUCACCAAGGGCACCAAAAGCAAACAUUAUUUUAACAUGAUUGAAGGCCAGGGACAUGGAGCUGUUUUUGACUGUAAGUUUUCACCAGAUGGGCAGCAUUUUGCAUGCACAGAUUCUCAUGGGCAUCUGCUGAUAUUUGGCUUUGGCUGUAGCAGGCCUUACGAAAAGAUUCCUGACCAGAUGUUCUUCCACACUGACUACCGGCCGCUGAUCCGGGACUCCAACAACUACGUGCUGGAUGAGCAGACCCAGCAGGCCCCUCACCUCAUGCCCCCUCCCUUCCUGGUGGAUGUGGAUGGAAACCCUCAUCCCACAAAAUAUCAAAGAUUGGUGCCAGGAAGAGAGAAUUGUGCAGAUGAACAUUUGAUUCCUCAGCUUGGAUAUGUAGCAACAAGUGAUGGGGAGGUUGUGGAGCAGGUGAUUGGCCAGCAGACAGUGGACCAGGACGAGGCAGGCCUGGAGCCCAGCAUUCUGGAUGGGAUGAUCCGGCAGCUGCAGCUGGAGCAGGAUCAGAGAACUGCAGCUGAACAAGAGUCUGCUCCAAGUGGCCCCCAGAACGGGGAGGGAACACCCAGGAGAGGAAACAGGAAGAAUAUCGGAUUGCAAAAGGGGAAGAAGAGAGAGAUCUCUAUGCAACAGAGAAUAAAAAGUCACUUGAGUCACUGGAAAAGAGUGACUCUGAGUCCUCAUUAAUCCAGUCCAAGCGUCGACUGCACAGACGGAAAUAUUCCAACUACAGAACACGGAAGAACAUCGAGCAGCUGGAGUCCUCUGAGGAGGAGAGGGACAACUGCUUUGGCUUGAUAGAGCAGGAAGCUGAAGAAAGUGAGGGCUCUGGUUCAUCUGAUGAAGAAGAAGAGUGGAGAAGUGACAAGAAAAGCAACAGUAAUAGUUCUAGCGAUUCCUCGAGCAGGUACUCGGACUGGAUCGCGGACGCCGGCAUCAACCUGCAGCCGCCGGUGCGCGGCUCGCGCAGGAACGCGCGGCGCUACUGCAGCUCCUCCGAGGACGACGCCUCCGCCGAGAAAUCCUCUCCUCCCAAGAGGAGGAGGAGGAAGAGGAGGAAAAAACCCAAACCUAAAAAGCAGGAGGAGGCUGAUGCUGCAGCACAACCACUGAACUUGGAGCUGUCCUAUGAGUGGCACCCCCCGGUGUGGAUCACGGACACGGCCCUGCGAAGGUCCCCCUUUGUCCCUCAGAUGGGGGACGAGGUGAUCUAUUUCCGACAAGGGCACGAGGCUUACAUUGAAGCAGUGAGGAGAAAUAACAUUUAUGAGCUGAAUCCACACAAGGAGCCUUGGAGAAAAGUGGUGCUUAGGGAUCAGGAAUUGGUAAAAAUUGUUGGAAUCAGAUACGAGGUCGGUCCUCCCACGUUGUGUUGCCUCAAGCUUGCCUUUAUCGAUCACGCCACUGGGAAACACACAGACAAAUCAUUUUCCAUCAGAUACCACGACAUGCCCGAUGUCAUCGACUUCCUCAUCCUUCGUCAAUUCUAUGACGAAGCCCGGCAGAGGAACUGGCAGGCCUCCGACAGGUUCCGCUCCAUCAUUGACGAUGCCUGGUGGUUUGGGACAGUGCUGGGUCAGGAACCUUACCAGCCUCAGUAUCCAGACAGUCACUUCCAGUGCUACAGUGUCAAAUGGGACAAUGGUGAAAUUGAAAAGCUGAGCCCGUGGGACAUGGAACCAGUCCCUGAUAAUGUGGAUCAGCCUGAGGAGCUGGGAGCGAGUGUCUCCGUGAGCCUGGAGGAGGUGGAGAAGCUCCUGUACAAGCCCCAGCAGGGGGAGUGGGGGCUGCGGUCGCGGGACGAGGCCUGCGAGCGGAUCAUCCGCGGCAUCGACCAGCUCAUGACCCUUGACAUCUCAGCAGCCUUUGCUGGCCCCGUGGAUCUGUGCACGUACCCCAAGUACUGCACAGUGGUCGCGUACCCGACGGACCUGACCACCAUCCGCACCCGCCUGGCCAACCGCUUCUACAGGAGAAUUUCAGCAUUGGUUUGGGAAGUCAGAUACAUUGAAAGCAAUGCCAGAACCUUCAAUGAGCCUGGGAGUGCUAUUGCCAGAGCUGCAAAAAAAAUCACCACCCAGCUGCUAAAGUUUAUCAAUGACCAGGACUGUACAAAUAUUUUUGAAUUAUGUAGCACAACAGAUGAUGAACAAGAUUGUCAUGAUGCUGAUCUGGAUGAUGAAAAAUGUGUUCCAAGAACAUCAUACAGAAGAAGAAAAGGACGGGGUUUAAAAAAAGGGAAAAACCUGAAAAGUGGCUAUGAUGAAAACUGCUGGAAGAAGCAGUGCAUGGAACUGGUGAAUUUAAUUUUCCAGUGUGAGGAUUCUGAACCUUUCAGGCAGCCAGUUGAUUUGGAUCAAUAUCCUGAUUACAGACAUAUUAUAGACACUCCAAUGGAUUUUGGUACAGUGAAGGAAACCCUGGAAGCUGGGAAUUAUGACACUCCAAUGGAACUGUGCAAAGAUAUCAGACUGAUAUUCAGCAAUGCAAAAUCUUAUACUCCAAACAAAAAGUCAAAGAUUUACAGUAUGACCUUGAGAUUGUCAGCACUGUUUGAAGAGAAAAUCCGAAGAAUUGUUUCAGAUUUCAAAAAUGGGCAGAAACAGAAUGAGAAGCUGAGGAGAAACCAGAGGUACAGCAGAAGAUUCAAUAAUCAAAGCUCAGGGCAGCAGCCCACCAAAAUGCUCAGAAAUCUGAAGCAGAAGCCACUCAAGUCUCAGGCCAAACUUGAAGCUGAGCAGGAAGAAGCUUUUGCUGAGCCUACCUCAAGCAGAGCUGCCUGUGGCAGCAGCCACAGAGCCAGCGCUGCCUCCUACGGGCGCAGCUCCUCGGGAGAGUCCUCAGACUCCGCCUGCCGGGCGUCCUGCGAGAGGAGCGGCAAGGGCAGAGCCGCCCCCCGGGCCAGCUGCUCUGCUUUGGCAUCAGAGAGUGAAAUAGAAGGUUCUGGGGUUUCUUCAUCUUCUUCCUCUUCAUCUUCAUCCUCCUCCAGCAGCUCAGAAGACAGCAAAGGCUGUGCUGGGCCUCCUGUGUCCCCCUCUGCCCUGCCCAACGGGGUGUGCAGCAGGAACAGCAGCCGCAGGCUGACCCGCACCCGAGCGGCUCAGAGGAAACAGACAGGAGCAGUUCUGCAGGAAAAUGGGAACACAAGGAAAACAGUCAGGAAAAAGUUAUAUGGAAGUGACUCUGAAAAUACUUCAGCAAUGACAUCCGAGUCCCUCAGCAACAGCAAGGGCAGGCACAGGAAGGUCCCACGCAGGAGUGCUGCUGUGGCUGCCAACAAGCUGAGGCUGAUGAGUGAUGUGGAGGAAGAGGUGUCGAGCUCGGAGAGCAUCGGGCUCUGCAGGAACAGGAAGCUGCCGCACCGCAACGCCUCGGCCGCCGCCAGGAGAAUGCUGCUGGAGGGCUCUGAGGAUGAGGCAGGCCUCAAGUCUGAGAGUGACAAAGAAAUAGGAGAGCAGCUCACCAAGAGGAAAACUCUUUCUCAGCCUGGUUGUUCUGCUCCACGAAGGAAAUUUGUCAGCGAGUCUGAGAAUGGAAGUUCGGAUUCUGAGCCCGACGCGCAGAGCAAGCAGAAGAGCUGGCAGAGCAACGGGCACAAGCUCAGGGGCUCUGUCUGCUCUGUGUCUCCCAAAGGGAAAAGUCCCACCUUAGACUUUUCAGAGGAGGACUCCAAAAGCCAUAAUUCUGAGGAUGGGGGCAGCCAGAAGGUUUCUGAGCAGUCAACACCUGCCCAUCACAAGCCUGCAGUGAGCAACUCUGAGGAUGAGGCGGACUCUGAGCCGGACAGGUGGAAUGGCAGGAAAGCCUCUGGGCUGCAGCUGUCUCCUCCCUUAAAAAAAGCAAAAGUCUUGAGUGAUUUAGAGGACACAGCAGAAUCUGAAGCAGAAGCCAGAGAGGAGGAGAAGAGUUUUGUGUGGGAGAGCUUGGUGCCCACUAAGAUUGUGAGGGGCUCCAAAUCUGGAGCCGCCUCCGGCUUCCAUCGCUCUUCGGAUUCGGACUCGGAGAGUGAUUCCAAUAACAGCAAUUACUGUGAAACUUCUGCAAAAGCAAAGAUGAGGAAGAGGAAAGGAAAAACAAAAGUAGUUAGAAAAGAGCAAGCAUCAGAGGAGGCCAGCCCGGGCGCCAAGGUGCUGAGGAACAGGACGUGCAUCAUCAACUACAAGAAGCACAUCAGGGUGUGCGGCCUGGGGGAGAAGAAGAACCCGCGCAGGUGUGCCACGCUGGCAGCCAGCAAGAUCAGGAUCAUGAGCGAUGCCAAGGAGGAAUUAUCCAGCUCAGAAAGUGUUUACCCAGCCAGGAAAAACCGCAAGCAGCUCCAGGGCAGCGUGUCCUCAGCCUGCAGGAAGAAGCUGUUCAACAGCUCGGAGGUGGAGGCUUGUUCCAAGUCUGAAAAUGAGAGUGAGCAGGUUUGUGGUAGGAAAAAGCUUUCCUGCUCUGAAUCUUCUGUUUCUAAAAGGAAAUAUAUUAUUGAGUCUGAGAAUGAAAGGACUGACUCGGAGACAGAGACUCAGAGGCAGAGUGAUAACCACGUGCAGCCACACGAACCCCUCUGUGCUGCAGCUCUGAAUAACUUUGACUACGACUCCUCAGAGGAGAAUUCCACAAACCACAGGGUAGAAAAUGGGGGAAACUGGGGAAUUUCUAGGCAGGCAGCUUCAGCCCACAACCAUUGUACGAGUAACUCCGAAGAGGAGGUAGAUUCUGACUUGGCUAAACUUGAAACUAAAAAUACCAGAGUAGCAGCAAAUAAAAAACCCAGAGCUUCUUUCAAGAGAUUAAAACCGUGCGCUACCACGACGACGACGACGACAGAGCCCUCGAGGAGGCCGCCUGUGAAACGUAACCUUAACUAAAGGAUAGCCAGCCCAUCUCUUUGUUUGUUUGGUUGUUUGUUUUUUUUUUCUGUUUUUUUUCUUUUUUUUUUUAAUGGUAAUAGCACUAGAACUCGUGAUGGGUGCUGGCUUUUCUUUGUCCUACAUUUCAGGGAAUAUAUUUAUAUUUUUCUAUGAAAAAGUUAUGAAUGUGAUUAGAUGAUGACUUUCUCCUUUUUCAUAUUUUGACUUGCACUUGCCUGCCCAUGUAGCAGCAUUUAGCACAGAUGCCAAAAUGUGCCUCAUUAUAGGGGCAAUUUUUUUGUCUUUACUGGUAUUUUAUUACAUAUAAACAAGAGUUAAAAAAAUGUUAAAACACUGCAAACAGGUUAAUAGCAGUAUGUUGAGUAUUAUUGUUAUGGGUGCUGCAAUGAGAUACUACCUAGGUCAUGCAACAUUCAAGAACAGAUUUCAAACAUCUCUAAUGCUGUAUGAAAUCGUCUACAAUAGUAACAGGCUUCUAAAUAAUAGUACACACUCUAAAAACCUGGUGGAUGCAAAGAUUGCUUCCAAAGAGGAAUGAAAAGGCUGAAAACUUCACAGCUGGGUUCGGUGCAGCUGUUCAGUGCUCUGUACAAGCAGUUACCAGUGGAGAAGUUUAUUUGCCACUUCCAGAGGCUUUGGUUCUGCUGACAGGUAGUACAUCAUUAAUGUGACUUCUAUACUGUAAACUUUUAAGAUUAUGAAAUGCAGGUGAACUCUUGGGCCUAAAAGGGUUUUUGUGUGUUUUCUUUAUAAAAUAGAAAAACAAACAAAACACUUGUUCUGUUUUCUUUAUGCGUGAAAAGCUUGAGGUGCAGGAUUCCGACAUUCCAGACCUUUUUUUGCUACGUUUCUGUUGUUCCUCCAUAUUUAAAGUGUUUGAAUGUUGGAUUUCCCAUUGAUUAAACCUUACCACUUUCUGAGCUUUGCAGUAUAUCUCCUGUUUUCACAAUGUUUGAGGUGGCUCUUGUUGACAAGAAGGAAAAUUUCUCCAGGAAAAUACGUGGAAGUCUCUGGUUGAACACAUGGCAACAACAAAACCACACAGCAGCUUUGAAUUUUUAGUUUUCCCUGGAAUUGUGCUGGUGGGAGCCCCACAAUGGCUGCCCCCAGCCCAAAACCAGGGAAUCUCUGCUCCUUCCCCACUCCAGGGUUCCUGCAGCUUCCCUUUCUCACACUUGGUCAUUCUUGAAAAAUGAAAAUGAAAGACUUGGUCAUUCUGUCAUUCAGUAGAAAAUGUGGCAGAGCAUCAGAUUUACCCUAACCUAGCUCAUGUGAACUGAAACAGCAAGUUUGGGAUUUGGUUUUCCAGCAGGUUGGACUGGUAGUGGGAUCCAGAAGGGUUUGGGGGUAAAAAAAUCAGCGCAGCUGCACAAUGCUGGUGAAUAAUGACAAUUUUUACAAAUGGAAAUCAUCAUGGAAAAUGGGGCUUCCAGCAGUGAGAGCCACUUCUCCAACACCCUCACUGACAUUGUUUGCAUUUACCAUCACUUCUGCUAUGCCAGAUGUUAUCUCAGCACAGAGAAAUAUUCUUUUUUUCUUCCUUAACACUUUCAUGUGAAGUUCAAAAAUAAUUUAAAUUGUUCUUGCCCCAGGAAGUUUUAUUUAGAGCGUAGUCUUGAAUAGGAUGCAGCAGAAUUCUGUAAAUUCAAGAUAAAUGUUUAUCUGGAUUCUUUAUUUGGUUUCUGAAAUACAAACACAGUUCUGUUUAGUGAGAAAACUUGAAGGUGGCUUUGUGUUUUCUUUGAGGAGCAAACUUUGUUAUAGUAAGUCCACUAUUUUUUUAUAUUUUACAUAAACUUGAUUGUUUAGCAGCUGCUUAUUCUCAGUGUUCUCUGGAGUACAACCUCCAAUUUGGGAAUAAUUGAAUUAAAGAUAAGAUUUUUUAUUAAUUUUCAGUUUGAACAGCUAGAAUUUGGCUGGUGGGUUUGUAUUUCUAAUCUAGGCUUAGCUUUACAAAGCUGGUUUUCUUUCAGGGCUGUGUUCUGUCACUGCACACACAGGCUCCUGUCCCUGAAAGCUGGAGAAGCUUCUGGCAUUGGGGCUGCAGAUCCCACAGGAGUCACUGCCUUAGCGACCCUGGCACUUCAUUUUCUAGGCAAAGCAUGUGCUGGUCUGUAUUUCCUAAUUUUAUACACAUAGUGGGAAGAGAAAUUAUUCAACUGGAAAGGUAUUUUGAGUCUUUCACCCUUUAAGAGUUUAUUUUUAAUUUAUUAAAGGAGCAUGGUGGCUCUUAUGCAGUCCUUUCACCUUCCUUUAAGUGAGCGGUUUUGGUUUUGUCUAGCUGUACUCAGGGAAGUAAAGUAGUAGACCUUUAAAAGUAGGAUCUUUAUUUAAUGUGACUUUUGGGGGGUGUUUUGGUUUGUUUUAGAGCAGGACCUGAGUGUGUGAUGGUGAUCAGGCAGCAUGAACAGAGGGAAGCAUUAAAGUGCAGGGCAGAAUCGUAAAGGAAUCAAAUUCUUUCAUGUUCCAGGCUUUGAUGAUGUACAUGUGUUAGUGACCAAAGUAAAGCUGUACAUACACCUG